AUGAUAUUGCUAAUUCUUGGUUCCCUCCUAUUUCUCUACCUAUUCGAUUGUUUCUACUGGAAACGUCGAAAUCUUCCACCAGGACCCCUUCCUUUGCCAGUGAUUGGAAAUUUGCAUCUUUUGACCGAUGAAAUGAAGCCAGGAUAUAAACUAUAUGCGAAAUUGAAAGAAGAAUACGGACCAGUGUUCACAUUCUGGAUGGCCAAACUUCCAAUGGUUACUGUAACUGAUUGGAAGUUGAUAAAACAACAUUUUAUCAAAGAUGGAGGAAGUUUUGUGGGCCGUCCGGAUUUUCCAAUUUCUAUUGAAAUUAGAAAAGGCUCAUACGGUAUCAUUGAAUCUCAUGGAGACCGUUGGGUUCAGCAGAGAAGAUUUGUCCUUAACGAGGUGACAGCUAUGAUAGAAUCAAUCAAUAAAUGCAAGGAUAAUGUUGAUAUGCAAGUGAUUUUCGAUGCUUCCGUCGGAUCGGUUAUCAAUAAUCUAUUGUUUGGAUAUCGAUAUGAUGAGGCAAACAUGGCCGAGUUUUUGGAGCUAAAAGAGCGAAUGAACAAACAUUUUAAAAUGGCCGCCGAGCCGAUUGGUGGGCUGAUAGGAAUGUAUCCGUGGCUUGGCUCGUUGCCAAUUUUGAGUGGAUAUAAAAGCGUGGUCACCGAUAACUGGGGAGGAUUGAUGAAAAUGUUCCGAAAACAAGCCGAAGAGAAAUUGGCAGUGAUUGAUUAUGAUUCUGAUGAAUAUUCGGAUUAUGUGGAAGCAUUUUUGAAGGAGAGAAAGAAACAUGAAAAUGAGGAAGGGUACGGAGGAUUUGAAAUGGAACAAUUGGAUAGUGUAUGCUUUGAUUUAUGGGUUGCUGGAAUGGAAACCACUUCGAAUACGCUCUACUGGUCACUUCUUUAUGUCCUUCUGAAUCCUGAAGUUUGUCAAAAAGUUUAUGAAGAAUUGGAUAUGAAAAUUGGAAAUGAUCGAAUUAUAACAACUAGCGAUCGACCGAAUCUCAACUAUGUUAUGGCUACAAUGAAUGAAUCCCAACGUCUUGCCAAUCUCCUUCCAAUGAAUCUCUCCCGUACCACGACUGCUGAGGUGGAAAUCGGUGGCUACCGUAUCCCCAAAGAUACAGUAAUCACUCCACAAAUCAGUUCAGUGAUGUAUGAUCCAGAGAUCUUCCCAGAACCCUAUGAAUUCCGUCCAUCUCGAUUUUUGGAUUCUCUGGGAAAUUUGAAAAAAGUCGAAGAACUCGUGCCAUUUUCAAUUGGAAAACGACAAUGUCUGGGUGAAGGAUUGGCUCGAAUGGAAUUAUUUCUAUUUUUUGCCAAUUUAUUCAACAAAUUUGAUAUUAAAUUGCACCCGGAUAAUUUGAAUCCAAGUAUUGAGAAAGAGUGUGGUGUUACGAUGAAGGCCAAGAAUUUCAGAGUUGUUGUCAAAAAGAGAUAUUGA